UAUAAAGUGCCUGUUUGUCGGCCAUGUUUCCGAGAGAUGGCGGUAAAGGACCACGCUCUGUUUUUACGUCGCCUUGGCAACACGAUCAGAUUUACCGACUUUCUGCGUGUACACGAAACAUGUACCGAGGAUUUGAUAAAACAGAUACGAUUCCAGCUUACACUGUUUCAUCUCCAUUACCAACCAGAGUGGUGAUACAAAAUCAAGAAAUUAAAGGAUUUUCAUCUCAAACUAGAAGAUUCCCCUCACAAGUCUGUCUGAAAGAAAAUCCAGGACCAGGCACUUAUGACUGUAUUUCCAGCGCUGAAGUCAAAAGUCCUUCCUUCUCAAAGAAAGGCACCACAGGCUUUGUUGCAUCCAAGACUGCCAGGGCUUUUAGUGACCCUCAGGGACGCAUGCCAGGACCAAAUGCAUACAACCUGCAGAGCUCCUUUAUUAACAAAAAUAACUUCAACACUGGAGUCUCCAGGGUGUUCAGGUUGCCCGUGGCUGUGCAGCUGGAUGGUCCGAAACACAAAACUCCAGCCCCAAAUCAAUAUAAUGUCAGUUGUGGUAGCAGAGAGAGCUUCUCCUCAGUGGUUGGUACAUCAGCUUUCCUGUCAAAAACUGGACGUGACUCUUUUUACCCAAACAAAAAUGUGCCAUCAGCAUGCCACUAUGAGGUGAGCAGCCACUUAAUCCAGCACGGCUCCAAGUCAAUCUUGUCCCCCUUCAAGUCAAAAACUCAGAGAAUCCCUCCUUCGGUGGACAACCAUGUACCAGGUCCAGGAGCCUACAAUCCCCAUCAGACCCCUGCACCGGUGAAGAGGACCAUCCUGCCGAGGGGAUAUUAUUUGGCAUUAUCAGCGCCUCCUCUGAUUGUCCCCAAGGACCCUCCCUUGCCAGGCCCUGGGCAUUAUGACAUAAGGGAUUAUACCAGCCUGUCUAAACAUCCCAUGCCCACUGCUGCGUUUGCAUCCAGAACUGAAAGGAUACCCCAAAACUCACAGGCCAGCAUGAGGCCAGAUCCAGGUUUCUACGAUCCACAGAUUUUGCCAAAGCAGUCCUUCUUUUACAACGACUCCAGAGUCUGGCUUCCUUCAUGAAUUGUUCAAGGAAACCUGUCCUGCAGAUAUGCACAUUUCUCACACUCAUGAACUGUGAUGAUCUGUAUCAAAAUACUUCUAUGCAAGGUGUGUGUCUCUAUGUUGAAAUGUACGUGGGUUCAUGUAGCUCUGACAUUGUUUUAGAUCAGUACUUGUUGAGUAAAAAAGGAUGACAAUUAAAUA